CUUCUACACAGACAGAGUUGGUAACAUUGGAUGUUUAGAUAGGAGCACAACUAUCUAUUGCAAUCUAGUAAGGAUAUAGAUAUGGAUCCAUCAAUUCCUACACAAUGGAGGUCGAAGCGUCAAGACCUAGCCUCCGAUCAACAACCACGAAAGAAGUCACGAGGAAGACCAUUGAAGAGCUCAGACAACUCGAAAGUGCCAGAGGUAUGUUUUUCUUCUAAAUUUGAGCAUUCGCAAGUCUAUUUGGAUGAACUUUGCUUUAUUUUGAUGAUGCCAAUAUCUCUUCUCCAUCCACCACUUCCGUUGUACCUCUUAAUUAAAGUCAGCAGGAGCGAAGGGCACAAAUUCGACGAGCCCAGGAGGCGUUCCGUCUCCGUAAAUUGGCUGCAACCAAAUCUCUGGAGGGUAGAGUUGAGUCACUCGAAGCAUGUAUCCAAGAUAUGAGCACCGUUUUCGUCGACCUAAGCGAUUCUUUGAUUCGAUCAGCUGCAUUACAAAAAGACCCAGCAACUACCCAUAGUCUGGUCGCGGCAACAUCUAAGUUUGUCACAUUAGCAAAAGAUGUGAUGGAUGAUUCGGAUGACGUGAUCGACACUGCGCUUUACCCAGGAUCUAACUCUUCGUAUGGAGGAAAAGCCACACGACCUACAGUUGGGAUUACUUCACUACCAAAUAACAGACAAACAAAGUCUACAACGGCUCCAGUACCAAGGCUUCUAGUUCCAGAGCACUUUAAUCCUGUUCCGGCAACUCUACUGAAGAAAGAGGUCUUUGGAAAUGGCUGGUUUGGCCUACAGCCCGAGGUCCUUCGACGACUUUCACCACCUAAAAGCGCCGAUUUGGGACAACUGGACGGCUCCUUUGGCGUGAAGCUGCUCCAGACAACUCUCAGUGUUGCGUAUGAAUACCUCAUGGACGUAAGCGGCUCACACUACGAUAUAAUAAUGAACAUGUACGGGUUCGCUCUCAUGUAUCAUACCAAGGAAGAGCUGAUAUUUAAUCUUCGGUGGUUCCUUGGUCCUGGCUUUCGCGCAUUGCGAGCCCUAGGACGAGCAGUGUUUGGAUAUAGCUCGUCGUUAUCUCUACAGUAUCUCAGUGCUAACAGUUCGGGAUUGGAACCGAAGAUUCUCAACCCGUUGAUUGAUGCACUGGCUCUGGUCGAGGCACAGAAGACAUACCCCACGAUUCAGUACCUGAAUGCUUUUGAUGUCGAGGAUUACAUCAUCAGCAAAGGAGCAUUUCACAUUGACCAGGACACCAUUCUCUUAAGGGUGGUGGAUGACGAACGUCUUAAUCCUGAGUGGUCAGGAACUGUAGCCAGUUCUCUCAAAUCGAAUGGUACCCCUGCGUUGGAAGAGAUGAAAGGAUAUUUGCCAAGAGAUGCAGCGCUCACAUUCUCCUCUGCAAACGGACUUUCGUCGACUGGCAAUAUCCCAAUUGAACCUGGCAUCUUGAUCAACCCAUCAAGUAACCAUAUGGAUCAUGGUUGGAUCGAGACAAUGAACUUCGAUCAUGACGCGCAUGAUCGACACAACAGCGCAUAUAUCAGCCCAAAGACCAUAGAACGGGCCAUGCCCAGGCGUAACAAGGUUCGAACACUUAGUGUUCCCCUAUUGCUACAGAAUCUGGCGCAAAAAAGCCCAGUGAGUCCCCAGGUUGAGCGCAUGUUGCUUGGCAGAAACUACUUUUCUACACACUUGCGAGAUGCAUCGUUUGUCCACUCCAAUUAGAUCACUAUUGCCCCAAUCUUUACUGAUUUCUUUGCAUCCAGGUGUUUGGGAACGGGUCCAGGUUAUCCAACUAGCACUGUAGAUCUAGCGAUCGAGCUUUCUACUGUUGAAUACUCAGACUACUGAUCAGCCUUUGAUUGUGCAGUCUGAGCUAUCGAUUGAUCUAUGUUCGAAAAUGACUGGGAUGGAAUAGGAGAGUAUCUUUUACUCUGCCCUAUGAUAGCAUUGGCUAUCCACAAAUGCAGCAUUAUCUUGGCACGAUUGAAGCGCAGGGGUCUCAAAUGUACUUGACAUUGUACUGCGCAUCUAAAAUUGGGAUCUGUUUACCAGUUUGGCGAACCCCGCGUAGGCGACUUGAGAUUUUUGGAGAGCAGUACCAGCAACUUGGUUGCACAAUUACAUCUUUCCAAUGAAAUCGAGUACUCUUUUGAUUGAGUAUAUGCUGCUGAUACCAGAAAGAUUCUGUAGUAAAUGUGAAUCUCUGAUACAAUAAAUAUCAAUAGAGUUUAUUUUAAGUACAUGCUGCUGAACAUCGUGACCGCCCCAGCUUCAAUAAUCAGAGUAUGGCCAGUUAUAUGCCACAAAUUAAUAAGGUGUUGACGGCAUUUGAAGUUUGCCAUCGAAGUCAGUUCAUUAUCCGAGUUCUAUCCCAAGCCACAAUUCUGCGAUAUGCAACAGAGUUACAGAACGUGGAGAAUAACUGACGUGUAGGUGCGACUGCGCCAGGAAAGUGGAGCAUGCGUUUACCCCUUUUCCCUCGCUUAAGGGACGUGUCAAGUCAACAAGGUAGCAGAACAUACGUCCGUGCCAAAGCACAAAUGCUUGCCUUCAUGGACCAUCCCCAUAAUAUGUCACACAUACGGUUUAUCCCAGAUCUAUUUCGUACACAAUUUGCCAUCUUGUUCAAGCAUGGCGUGUUUGUCGGGAGCGAGUCAGCUGCAUGCAGGCCCAUCGCAUUCGGGCAGCGGCGGUGACGGAGGUGGGUGAUAACACGGUAUCAGUAAACAAAGCUUAGCAAGCUUUUGAAUCUGCGCGAGAUAAAUACGCCACUGGCUGUUCGUGGUGUCUGUGGACACCAGCAUGAGAUUGCCAUUCUGAGGAUUGCUUGUCCCUACCAGAGAGACCCCUGGAACUUGUGAACAAGGGUAUCGUAUUGGAGAUCCAGGUCUCGCUGAAUGUUGGCAAUGAGCUGCUCUGCAAAGAACCGGAGAUUGUAAAUGCUGUGUAAAUGCCGGUGAAACUUCGAGUGCCAUGGAAUUGGGUGCGGGAUGGCCCGGUGACUAGCAAGGCCAAGAACAGGGAUGAAGGCGGGCUCUGCUACAGUAGCCCAAACUCCAACACCCCGCGAUCAUUGUAGAAUCUUACAAGUUCUCAGCAUAUUCAAAUCUGUAGAAACACAAUCUC